UAGUCCAAGACGACGAUUUCAUGCACGCUUAUUUUAAAGCCUUUGAAUAUAAAAACAUUGGAUUUCAGCAAUGAUGAAACAGGGUUGUCAUUAUUGGGUCAUAAAGCUCGGAGUGCUUUCAUACAGUGAUUACGGCUAACCUUUAAUUUGGAAUACUUAACAAUCAUGCCUGGGGCCAAUCAGAUGAUGAGAUGUCAUCUACGUCAUCACGUUCAAGAAACGUCUGCUUUUAGUAUCUGGAUUCAAAAUUCAUUCAUCCAUUUUCUUUUUUAAAUAAUAAAAACGCCGAUUGAAUUUACAGAGUAAAUGUCCCAGUUGUUCAACAUGGUGACCAAGAGGAUCCGCUCUGAGUACAUGAAGAAAUUCAAAGACCCCAAAUGGGAGACCUAUACUAAGUGUUAUGAGGAGAUGCUGAAGUACAGGCUGACCCGCAGGCUGCUGGAGCAAACGCACAACCCCUGGUUCUGGAGUGGCCCCGACAGUGAUUCAGAGUCUGGAGAAAGAACCCCCCCUCCUCCCAGCAAGAACCAGGUAGGUUCCGAGACCAGCAGAGACAGGGUGGAGGCUGAGCUGGAGGAGUGUGAGGAGGCGAAGGUGGACAGAGAGGAGGAGCAGCAAGGCAGAGUCAUGCGGUCGGUACCCAGGCUCCCCCUCCAAGAAGAGGAGAAUGUGUCUGCUCGACAGUCUGCCGUCCAUGGCACACAGGUUGAAGGUGCCAAAGACACAGGAGUACUAGAGGACGAGAGAGAGGAGCAGACUCACAGGGAACAAGACAAAGAGAGAGACACUGGAGGACCCCGACUACAGCAAAAUAAACCCUCCAAAUCUUCAAAGCAAACAUGGCGCUCCCAUCGGGUGAGACCUGCACCCACACGGCAGCCCGGGGACGGUAGUAAGGAGAGCAGACAUCCUUUCGUUCUGUACGCUUCAGGAGAGAAGAAUUCAAACAUGGCGAGCAAGAAGACACAUAAUGUUGGCCCUGCAGCUUCGACUACUGAGAUCCAUGAGUCGGCUCUUCGUGCAAAGACCAGGCGGGAGGUGGAGCACCAGAUCCAGACCCAGAAGGCCGAGCGCCGGAGAGCCAAGUCUGCCGAUCUGGACAAGGCCAAAAAGUUGGUUCAACCAGAAUUUAACCCCUGGCUCACUGAGUACAUGCGCUCCUUCUCAGCUCGCUCCCGAUAAGAGACACACGCAUGCAUGCACGCACACACACACACGUACGCACACACACAGCAAAAAUACUUACAUCAGGUUUGAUUCCAGACAAAACAGAAAGCCAUUAUUGCCUUCCACCCCUGCAGUUUAAAUACCCAUAGAUGUCAAAUAGAGCAUGGGGGGGAUUGAUUUAUACAAAAGAUCCAACAUUUGUGUCACACUCACAUUCAGAGUGUAAACUGAAACAACAUUGAAAUUCACUUUGUGGCUUAAUCCCCCAGAUGUGUAUUGUCAUGUUUUAUUAAUUUUUUUAUUAUAAAACUGUUUUUCAAUACGUACAAUAAAAAUCCUUUUUACAGGGUGUAAGAAAAUCUUGAAAGUAAAUGUAAAGUACAUUUAUAAUAAAUAGAUUAAUCUACCACAUACAGAUAUUUUGAUUAGAAGGAAGAUGCAUUUUACAGCCAUACUUUGAUGCAGUCCCUUCAAACCCAGAAUAUACAUACACUUAUUGUAUGUGCACAUUAACAGUCAAAAUGUUUGGAUUCCAACAAGUUCUGCUAAGCGCAGCAAGACGGCUUAACCAACUGAAAGGUUUUCUGGAAAGUAUGCAGCCUUACGGUACAACGUAUUGAUUGUCUUACAGAAAUAUCUAUGUUUGUUCAACAUUUUUACAGCUUUUGGUUUUCAGAUCACUUGAUUGAGAACUGGUUCUUGUAGAUUAAAUGGUUUGUUUAACGGUUAACGGAUUGAUCCUAACUGACUUGGUUUAGAUAAAGAGGGAAUCACACUCUGUACACACAGUCAAACACAUCUCUGUGUAAAAUCACAGAUGUGAGAUGAACACACAGACACCGACUGGCAAGUAAACAGCCAUUUAUUUCAACACCAAAGUACUUUUCACAAGCAAAAGUUGC